AUGGAACAACUGAAGAAAUUAGCCAGUCGAGGAGUAGAAUUGGAUGACGAGGCACUAGAACAGCUGGACUUGCUGGAGUUGGGUUCGAUACAUUACCCAGAUUUAGAGGACAUCACACAGUUAACAGAGGCCCAAACAGUUAACAGAGUGUUAACAGUGGAUUUUGCCAAGAACCUGACGGAACUUCUGUAUUAUCUAUCUCGGGCAAUCUUCAACUCAAUGGUGCACUACACCAUAACAGUUGACAAAGUUUUACGAGAAAUGUUGACCCAAGUGACAUCCAUUCGCGAUUUCUGUCUGAAAGUUGGAGAGGAGAAAGAGACAAAAGUCCAUGUCAAGGCACUUAACUGGCACAUACCGCAGACACGCAAUGCAAUAGGGGGUGACCUUAUGUCCACGCACGACCUGGGCCUGACAAAACUACCUUUCCUCAAGAUCAUCAGUAUAAAGCAAACCCCUUCAAUGGAAACCCCCUUCAGGUCCUUUGGAAGUGCUGCUAAACUUACCACCACAGGAUGGUACAGUGGAGAUGAAAGCGUAAAAAAAGUGAACUGCUGCACAGGUGCAAUGUGCGAAUUAAUUCAGCAGCAAUUGCACCCCCAAUCCAAGCCUCUGAGAGUUUGGAUUUACGGGUCAGAUGUCUGUGAAUCUGUAGUGGCACUCAUCCAGGAGAUAGAGCAGUCGGUAGCUAUAAUAGAUGAGAAAACAAUGAAGCAGGUGAUGGAAGAGUACAGUGACCGUGAGCGGAAGUUUUUAGCAGAAGAAAAGGACCCCAGCUACAGUCCAGAAGCCGAAGAACAAGAAGAGGAGGAUGAGGAUGAGGAUGUUGUGGUACCUUCGCCUGAAGCCGCCCCCACUGCUUCCAAAAAGAAAUCCCAAAAAUUCACCGGUAGAGAGAAGAAUGUAGUGGCACAAUAUCUUUCUGGCAGCCAGGAAGAUAUUGUGCCACCACCUACAGAAAAAGCCCAGAGUGUCUCCACAAGCAAGAGGAAGCCCACAUUAGCAGGGGAAGACGAGCCCAAAGAAAAAGGCAGAAAGAGAAGCCACCACACAAAAAGAAUGUGCCCCGUAUGCAAGAAGGAAGACGCCAAUUCCAAGAGGCAUCUUUUGACCCAUGCCAGAAAGGGUCACAAAGGCGGA